AUCACUACCAAUCCCAAACGCACAAUUCAUUCUUCUUAUUCGUUAGGGUUUUCUCCACCCCUUUUUAGGGUUAGGGUUACUUUCCCCAUUUCCAGACCCAAAUCAAUUUCCAAACCAUAACAACCCGCUCCAAAUUCCUCUCUUAUUUCGUUCCAAUCAUCAAUCAAUUACACAAAAAAACUAAUCGCACUUCGAAACCAUGACAGGAAAAGCGAAGCCAAAGAAGCAUACGGCGAAGGAGAUCCAGGCAAAGGUCGACGCAGCCACGACAAAUCGCGGCGGCGGAAAAGCCGGUUUGCUUGAUCGAACGGGUCUUGAAAAAGGAGGACACGCCAAGUGGGAGUGCCCUCACUGCAAAACGACAGCACCUGAUGUGAAAUCGAUGCAGAUUCAUCACGAUGCUCGUCAUCCAAAGAUCCCUUUUGAGGAAGAAAAGCUUGUUAAUCGUCACGCUUCUCUUGUUCCUGAAUCUUCCAAGCCUCGUCCUGGUGUUCGUGGUAGCCUCAAAAAAUGAUCUCGAUCAUAAUCAUCAUCGCUCCUUCAUUCACGGCUUUUACUAUAAGUUCUAUUUUGUAUUUUUUUUCUUAUCAAGUGCUCUUUUUGGAGGGUUAUUGAAUAAUUGGGUCAUGGGUAUGCUUAGUUACUUUUAUCUUUUUUUUUUUUUUAAUAUGAAAAUGAUGCAUUUUAGGUGUGACUUUGAUGAUGCUGUGUAUGAAGUGUUGCGGGGAAGGGUUUUUUAUGGGAAUGGGAUUGAGUUGUGCUGUUAUUAAUUUGGCCCUUCUUAAGCCUGGAAUGUACUAUAUUGUCCCCUUGAUGGCAGCUAUAAUAUGAUCUUGCUAUGUUACUACUUACUACUAA